UUUUUUUAAAAAAAUCUAUCCAGAGAAGAAAGAAGCAAUGGGCAUGUUAGUAUACAAUUAUUACAGCCACGCAUGCCUGCAAGCUGCUGUUUGGACAAGCUGUUGACUGCUGUUCCAAUUAGCUGAUUGGAGAAAGUGGAAUGCGGUGUGAUAAUGCUGCAUAUCUGCUAUCAAGCAGCAGAAAAGUGUUUUGUCUUGGGAAGGCAAGCCUUCCCUGCAAUAUUAUCUCAGCAGCUCCCUAGCUGCUUACCCUGAAAACCAGUUAUCCAAAGGAGGGUGUUGCCCUCUGCAAACACCAGUCCUGUGCGUGGCUGUUGCAUAUGAGCAGCAGGUCUGAAAGAGCAGGUGUGUGCUCGGAUGGGCACUGGACUGUAACGCAGGCGGCCGCUCUCAGGUUUACCUGCUUCCUGUUAACAGAUUGUUGGCUCACAGAGCAUCUGCCUGCACGCUGAGACCGAGGUGGAGAAGGGGGUUCCUGGGCAUCCCACUUGACUGACAGAGACUCUUGGAUUGGACUUAAUCUUAAACCUCUGGAGUUCAAGACCUUUUAAAAAGGGCUAAAUAAACAAUCUCUACAUGUAAAAGGCCACUGACUCCUACUUCCUCUGUGUAGAGCAACUGUUGAACUCAGCUGCCGUAGAUAGCGGUGGGUGUGCUCGCAAACGUGCUGCCAUGUCUGUUACGUUAACAUCUGUGAAGAGAGUUCAAAGUUCUCCAAACCUAUUGGCUGCAGGGCAUGAUUCUCAGUCACCAGACCCAGCUUGGAGAUCUUACAAUGAUCGAAAUCAAGACACACUGAACGGAGAUGCUACAUAUUCCUCUCUUGCAGCAAAAGGUUUUAGAAGUGUUCGACCAAACCUACAAGAAAAAAAAUCACCAACUCAGAGCCAGAUCACAGUGAAUGGAAACUCUGGAGGUGCUGUGAGCCCCAUGAGUUACUACCAAAGGCCGUUUUCCCCUUCAGCCUACUCUCUCCCAGCCUCACUCAACUCAAGCAUGAUCAUGCAGCAUGGCAGAUCCCUUGAUUCCCCAGAGACAUAUUCGCAGCAUGCACAGUCUCUGGAUGGCACCACCAGCAGCUCCAUGCCACUGUACAGAUCCUCAGAGGAAGAGAAGAGAGUGACGGUCAUCAAAGCCCCGCAUUACCCGGGCAUUGGGCCCGUGGAUGAAUCUGGAAUCCCCACAGCAAUUAGAACGACAGUUGACCGACCAAAGGACUGGUACAAGACAAUGUUUAAGCAGAUUCACAUGGUGCACAAGCCAGAUGAUGACACAGACAUGUAUAAUACUCCUUAUACAUAUAAUGCAGGUCUGUACAACCCACCCUAUAGUGCUCAGUCACACCCUGCUGCAAAGACCCAGACCUACCGACCUCUUUCCAAAAGCCACUCUGACAAUGGCACCGGUGCCUUUAAGGACACGUCCUCCCCGGUGCCUCCACAUGUUCCACCUCCAGUCCCACCGCUUCGACCAAGAGAUUGGUCUUCAACGGAAAAGCAUGACUGGGAUCCUCCAGACAGAAAAGUGGACACAAGAAAAUUUCGAUCUGAGCCAAGGAGUAUUUUUGAAUAUGAACCUGGGAAGUCAUCAAUUCUGCAGCAUGAAAGACCACCCCCUCCCCCAACAACACCUGUUCCAAGAGAACCCGGCCGGAAGCCUCUCUCUCUGUCACCCUACGGAGAAGUCACUGGUAGCCCCUCCCCGCCGCCCAGGAGUGGCGUCCCCGCGCCGAGCUGGCGCGCCCCGGCUGUCUCUCCCGUCCGGCCUCCUAAAAAGGCUCUGGACUAUGUGCAAGAUCAGUCUUCUGGUGUUUCCAAUGAGGCCUCCUUGUAUCAGUCCUCUAUAGACAGAAGCCUGGAAAGACCCAGUAGUUCUGCAAGCAUGGCCAGUGACUUUAGGAAGCGGAGGAAGAGUGAGCCUGCAGUGGGUCCGCCCAGGAGUUUGGGGGAUCAAAGUGUAAGCAGGACUAGCCCAGGCCGAGCAGACCUCCCAGGAUCAAGCACCACCCUUGCAAAGUCUUUCAUUAGUUCCUCCCCUUCUUCCCCAUCGAGAGCAAAAGACCGCGAGUCCCCUAGAAGUUACUCCUCCACUUUGACUGACUUGGGGAGAAGUGUACCAAGGGAAAGAAGAGGAACUCCAGAAAAAGAGAAAUUGCCUGCAAAAGCUGUGUACGAUUUUAAGGCUCAGACAUCUAAGGAGCUGUCAUUUAAGAAAGGAGAUACUGUCUAUAUCCUCAGGAAAAUUGAUCAAAAUUGGUAUGAGGGAGAGCACUACGGAAGAGUGGGCAUUUUUCCAAUCUCAUACGUAGAGAAACUCAUCCCUCCUGAAAAAGCACAGCCUGCAAGACCACCUCCCCCAGCCCAGCCUGGAGAAAUCGGAGAAGCUAUAGCCAAAUAUAAUUUCAAUGCAGACACAAAUGUGGAGCUAUCACUGAGGAAGUUGGCUUCCAGUGAACCAGCCCCUCCUUCCAUGCACAAAGCUUCACCUGGCUCAGAUACAGGAGCUCUUCAGGGAAUCACCCCGGGGUGGCUGUCCUCAGCAGCCACGUGUCCACCAGCAAACCCUUUGGCCCCAACACUGUCUCUUUUCCUGGACAACUUCUUGGUUGAAUUGGAGAAGCUUAGUGCUUUAACCUUACCAGCUGACCAAGCCAAACCAAAUCUCCUAGAGGAGCUCAUCCUCCCCCCAUUGCCUUCAGCAUCUGCACCUGCAGAAUCAGCUCGCUCUCUGGUACCUUUCCCUCACCCGAGUGUGACCUCAGCUGCAGCCCAGCCUCAGGAUGCGACGCCACUUCAGGAUCCCAUAAAGACAACUCAAAACAAUUUUGCAGAUUUGAAAAAAAUGAGAAGGGGCUUUUCGGACCCUGAAAAGAUGCCUGAAGUCCUAGGUGAUAAGUUUGUGGCAUCUGCAUGCACCAGUGUGGGUUCCUUGCCCAUAACCCUGCCUGUCAUUGGAGAGGAAGAUGAGGAAAUCUGUGAGGGGGGUGUGUCAGGCACCCCAGGAGGGCUGCCAGAAUCUCAAGAACAAGAUACCUUGUGGUAUGUCCAUGAUGGUACAGAGGUGGCACCAAACCUGCACAUCGAAGAGGAGGAAGAAGAGGGGAAAGCUAACUGCUUAAAAUAUCCAUUAGUCACCCCCACAGAUCCUAGGAACGCUAACGAAGACAGCAAUGCAGCAGAAACCAGUAUUGAGCCAUCGUCGUUUUCUCCGGGAGAUCGAACGGCUACACCUUUUCCCAGCUGUCUGCUUUCCUCUCCUCCAUUUCCUUCUCCCUUGGCCUCUGUUUCUGACCUGGUUUCUACACUUUCUCAGCCUACCCAGCCCACCUCACCUCCUCUUCUCCCUAAAUACUCUUAUCAACAGGAGAUAAAUUCACCAAAACUCAAGUAUGUGGAUAUAUGGGAUGCUAAGGUUUGUCAUUUCCAAUAUUAUAAGUAUCUAUUACAGAUACUGGUCUUGAUGCUUAGUUUAAAAAGAAAGGAAACUCUUUUGAGAGUUCAGUGCACUGGGAAUUUCUACCAAUAUUUCUCUUCUAAGCCACAGCGUCCUGUGUUUACUCAUGAAAACAUUCACGGUGGGGGGGAACCGUUUCAGGCUCUGUAUAACUAUACUCCUAGGAACGAAGAUGAAUUGGAGCUCAGAGAAAGUGAUGUCAUUGAUGUGAUGGAAAAGUGUGAUGAUGGAUGGUUUGUGGGAACCUCAAGAAGAACCAAGUUCUUUGGUACUUUUCCGGGAAACUAUGUCAAGAGGCUGUGAAUCACUCUCCCUCCUUAUUUAGGCCACAUUUCAGCAGCACAUCAGCAUAAACUUGCCUGAACCAUCCCCGCAGGCAUCCCGGUGUCAUGCCUUAUGGUUUCCAAUAACCAUCACCAUCUCCACCUGCCACCAAACCACCAGCAGAGUAACUGCCACCGUGAGCCUUGGGAGGACACGGCAGACUUGCUUCCAUAUGCAAGUGCAUAUCCCUGCUUUCUGCUCCAAACUUUGAAAUGUCUAUAUGUGGGAUCAGAAAGAAAAUUAUUAUACUUAAAAAGGGUAAAAUAUUUGAGGCAAAAACAGAAAGUGCCUCCAGGAGGCUCUCUGGUCUCAUGGUUGUAUUUCAACAUCUCUGAAAGAUGUUCUCCCCUCAGGCAACCAGAAGAUUGUUUAUUAUGAAAUGCUGUGGUUUGCAUUUUCACAUUCUUAGCUGAGCAGUCUAUUUUUCUUUCACGAGUUUGCCUAGUGUCCUGGUUUACACAAUAUGACAACUGUACUUCAGCUACUAUUUGCCUGCACUUAUGUGUCGUGAUAUGCACAGUGAUUACAAAAUCUACAGCGAGAGUAGGAAAGUUAAUUUGGAAGAGUGUGAUUUUGUUCAUUGAAUGUGAGUUUUCACAUAGGAGUCUCUUCCUACAAUUUCUUUGUACUUUUUAGAAGUGCAAACAGUGAGUGAGAGCUGUUGGUAAUAAUCAUAAGAAAACAAGAAGUUUAGCUAGUCUAUGGAAAAAAAAACUAUUGUGUUGUAAAGUUGCAUUGCUAUUUUAUAUUAAAAUGUAAUAAUCAGCAUCAUGAACAAUGAGCUCUUAGUGUUUUAUUUAUCUGAUAAAAUUUAAAUAAAAACAGUGUUAGUGAGAGGUGCAAAGAAUUAUUCUAACAUAGACACUUGAAAGUAUCUGUAAGCAAUAUUCCUAGGUAGGAUUUCACUGUGUGUACACAUACACAUUUGAGAUUAUAUAAGAAUAUAUAGUCCAUAUGAUAUGUUGUACAUUUUAUGGAAAUGUAAAAGAAUCCCACACAUUAUUUUAUAGAAAUAGAGUACUUCAGAAACAUCAUAAGUAUUAAGGCUGGUUUUAGCAAGGAUUAUUAUCAAUACAAUUAUUUUUACUAUGAUAAUUAUUUUUCUUCUAUGGAACUCAGAAUCCUGGCUACAUUUGAGGACAGGAAUAUGUUGAGCCUGAUUUUCCUGGUGUGUGUAAAAUACUUCCUAGAAAUAAAUUAGGCACUUUUUAGUGAUGAUGUUAAAUCAUUCAGGUUAUAUUUUCUGCCCUGAAGCAGAAAUUUACAAAAUGAUAUUGGAGCCUGAAAGAUUUAAUAUGGUUAACAGUGCCUGAAUUACACAUACCCCAAGAACUAGCUUUGUAUUUCUUAUGACUUUGCAUAAGAACUAUUCAUCUUUGGAUCUUGAGCACCUUAUAGAAAAAACUUUUUAUGGCAUUUCUUCCGUGGACAGUGAUUGACCUUUUCACAAUGUACGUAGACGCUAGAAUUUUGUACAUAUGUUUGCUCUUUUUUUGUACAGACUAUUUAGUUGUUGAGAAAACAGGGGAAUUUCCUAAUUUGGUCUUUAUCCUGCACUUAAAUUAAGCUAAAACACUUUCACCAGAUUAUCCUUUACAAAUUUCAGAGAUCACAAGCACGCCUUGAUAGUGCGAUUCUGUAAGAUAGCAUUUAUGCAAAAGUUUAUGAAUUAAAAGAUCUUAGCAGCCAAACUGAAAUGUACAUAAAUACUGAUUACAGAAGAAUUUUAUUAGGAAGAAGGUACAGAAAAAUCUUUGAGUAGCCUACCUUGAUUACUGUUAAGUUCAGAACCAGCUUUAUAUUUUAAAGGCUUUGGAUUUGAAAUUAAGUCAACUGCAUGCAGCUUUGCAGAUAAAAAAAAUAACUCUCUUUGAUGCCAUUUAUGAGAAAAAACUUCAAUAUCUGUUGCCUGUCAUAUUUACAAAAUAUUACUGUUUCUAUUCUCUGUAUCUGAUUUUAAAAUUAAAAACAUUCAUACCCAGCUUUCAGGUAAUUGACUUUGAAUUCUUACAAGCAAAGGUCAUUGUGUUUUUCUUGAAUAGACAUCUAAUAAAUUUUGCUUGGAAGUAUACUUCA